AUGGCAGCGCUCGUAGACGUCGAGAAGCUGAACCAAGAUGGCCUCGUAGAGACCAUAUCGACCCGAGCCGGAGAAGGCGCGGAACUGAACCAACUGAAGCGCGAGUUCAAACCGCGCCAAGUCUUGAUGUUCUCCAUUGCUUGCGCGAUCGGCACAGGGCUUGUCAUCGGCUCAGGGACGGCCCUAUCGGAGGGCGGCCCAGGCAGUCUUCUCAUUGCAUACCUCAUGGUAGGCGGCGCCGUCUUCUUCGUCAUGACUGGACUGGGAGAAAUGGCUGCAUUUCUCCCUAUGAACAAGGGCUUCGGAGGAUAUGCUAGCCGCAUGGUUGAUCCGGCGUUUGGGUUCGCAACCGGCUGGAAUUAUUUCUUCAAGUACAUAAUCGCGAUGCCGUCAAAUCUGACAGCAGCAGGACUCGUUGUUCGCUACUGGAGACCUGAUCUAAACGUCGGGAUCUGGGUUGCAGUUUUCGGAGCCGUCAUCAUUUUUAUAGAUUUUCUGCACGUUUCAAAGCUCGGCGAGACGGAAUUCUGGCUUGGCCUAUGCAAGGUCCUGAUUAUGACCAUACUGAUAAUCUCGUGUCUGGUAGUGGCCCUCAGCGGUGGUCCUAACCACACGAGAAGCGGCUUCCAAUAUUGGAGGGACCCAGGCGCCUUCAAAGAAUACCUCGUUGAAGGAAGUCUCGGGCGCUUCUUGGGUGUCUGGGCCUGCAUCUGUCAGGCCUGCUUCGCAUUUACCGGGACGGAGGUCCGGAUUGCUGUCUUCUACAUCCUGAGUGUCAUUGUCCUAGGCAUGGCCGUGCCAAGCGAUAACGAGAUGCUAAUCGGUGCUACCAAGAAGUCUACCAGCGCUGACGCUUCGCCCUUUGUUGUCGCCGUUCGUAUAGCUGGCAUUUCAGUCUUCCCAGACUUCGUAAACGCCUCGCUGCUGGUGUUCACCCUUAGCGCAGCAUGCACCGACAUCUACUGCGCCUCUAGGUCCCUGUAUGGCCUUGCGAGGGAUGGACAAGCCCCACGAAUCUUUGGCAAGACCCGGGAGAACGGGAACCCGGUCUAUGCUGUGGGCAUAACGUGCCUCUUUGUAGGCCUGGGCUUCCUGAACGUCACCAAGUCUGCCGCCACUGUCUUCCAGUACCUCGUCAGUCCCGUCACCAUCUUCGCCGUCCUCAACUGGAUGGCGAUACUGAUAUCUCACAUCUCGUUCCGCCGGGCGUUGAAGGCGCAAGGCAUUGUAGCCAAAGACCUUCCGUACACAGCUUUUGGCCAACCUUGGGGUUCAUACUAUGCUCUGACCAUAUCAUUGCUCGUCAAUGUGUUCAGCGGGUAUGACGCCUUUAUUCCAACCUUUCAUGUUGACAAGUUCAUCCUGAAAUAUCUGGGCGUGGUAAUCUUCGUCGCCAACACCGUCAUCUGGAAGUGGUGGAAGGGGACAAAAAGGGUGACAGCAAGCACCAUGGACCUCGUCACGGGCAUUAGGGAGUACCAAGACAGUUUCCCCGUCUUGGAGAAAGAAUGGACGGAGGGCUUCUGGCAUAAGAUGCUUCACAAGAUGAAGAAGUAG